GCAGCCUUGGUGAUGGCAAGUGACAGGCGGAGAGGAGAGGACGCGUCGAAAGUUUUCCGUCGGAGCAAAGGACCGCAGUUAGCAUCGUACCAUCGACUGACGGCGACUGGACGUCGUUUCAAAGACACGCCGAGCUCGUCUCCGUGAGUUUCAAGGCUGUUUUGCUCGAAGAAACCGUCACAACAAGUUAGAUCGACUGAAUUCGUAACGUCGACGAAGAGCCAAGACGAGGAGCAACGAUGACGAACAGGGAGGACGAGUACGACUACCUGUUUAAAGUGGUUCUGAUCGGAGACUCCGGUGUCGGCAAGAGCAACCUGCUGUCCCGCUUCACCCGCAACGAGUUCAACCUGGAGAGCAAGAGCACCAUCGGGGUGGAGUUCGCCACCCGGAGCAUCCAGGUGGAGGGGAAGACCGUCAAGGCGCAGAUCUGGGACACAGCGGGCCAGGAACGGUACCGGGCCAUCACAUCAGCGUACUACCGCGGAGCCGUCGGAGCGCUGCUGGUCUACGACAUCGCCAAGCACCUGACCUACGAGAACGCCGAGCGCUGGCUGAAGGAGCUGCAGGACCACGCAGACAGCAACAUCGUCAUCAUGCUGGUGGGGAACAAGAGCGACCUGCGCCACCUGAGGGCGGUGCCCACAGACGAGGCCAGAGCCUUUGCAGAGAAGCACGGCUUGUCCUUCCUGGAAACGUCGGCGCUGGACUCUUCUAACGUGGAGCUGGCGUUCCAGACGAUUCUGACAGCCAUCUACAACAUCGUGUCACAGCGGCAGAUGUCGGGCCGGACCGACAGCGACUUCUCCCCCGCCUCCAACGUGGUUCCCAUCAGUGUAGAGCCCACGCAGACCUCGUCUAGUAAGGGCUCCUGCUGCCAGAACAACUGAGACUUCAGCGCCGACCUUCUCCUUCAAGUCCAGCAAACCAGAGGACAUUGGGGGGGGUGGGGGCACGGAGACGGGUAGACGGGCUCUCUCAGGCUUAGAGAAAGUGAAGAGGAGGAGGAGCAGGGAUGGUAACGAGCUAUAGAAAAGCGGACAGGAAGUGCGAGGAGUGAAUGGGUGGGACAAAGGUGAGCCCCUCCCACCAUCAAAACAGCUACAUCAUCAGACACAAUACAACAUAAAGCUUAACGCCCUUUUUCUGACUCAUCUUUUCUAUUUGUCUUUCAUCAAAAGAGAGUUGGAGGAUGUACCAGAUACAAUAUUUAUGCAUAUAGAAUUAUGGACGGGUAGACAUACGCACACACAAAGGUUGGGACAGACGGACGGACAUAGACAGAAAGAUGUCACAACGAAAAAACAAACAUACAUGUGUACACAGACGCAUUGAUGUAUUGACUGACUUAGUUUGACAUUCAGACAGACGUACCGUCAGACUUAGUCAGAUGUUCAAUCAGACAGACCUACAGUAGGACAGACGUGCAGUAAGACUUUCAGACAGACGGACAGUAAGAGAUACAGCCAGACGUACCAUCAGACUUACAGUCCUACGUUCAGACAUCAGACAGAUGUACAGUAAGACAGAUGUACAAUCAGACAUUCAGACAGACAUAAAGUCAGAUAUAAGUACACACAUAGGUAGUGAUGUACAUAGAGACCAAAGGACAGACGUACCGUCGAACAUUCGGUCAGAUGUAAAGACAGACGUAGGUUCAGACCUACAGGCGUACGGUCAGUCGUAGGUCUGAAAUGUCCCUUCACCCCUUUUUCUAGACCAGAAUGAUCAGCUGCUCGUCUGCGUUCUUUCAGAUCUGGAUCAAUUUUUGGGUUCUGUGUUUUGGGGGGGGGGGGGGUGUUCUGUGUGUGUUUAUGUGCUGGAAGGGGUCGGUGUGACCAUGCAGGGCAGCUUAGCCCCCACCACACACCCCUUCCAGUAGUGCCUUCUUGCCUCCCUGGCUCUCCUCUGGAUGAGUCAUGUUGGCUCCAGGCUGCAGAGCUUCACCUGUAAGACGGCGAGCGUCGCUCCUUGACCCCCCCCCCCCCCCCCUCCCUCGCCCCGUCUCAGCCUUUGAGGCGUCAAGGAGGCGAUUCCAGGGUGCCUUAAACGCAUGCAGGACACCACUGCUGCUGCUGCCUUCUAGCUAGGAUGGAUGUUGUUAGAUGGGAUAAUGUUUUUUGGGGGGGGGCUCCUAUGGGCUCGGAUGCUGAGACGGCGUGUUUUACUGUAGAUGAAAUCCUGCGCUGCCUGUACUCUGUCUGUCUGUCUGCGUGGAACUGGAACAAGACUCUGCCUGCUGGGAUCUCCCCGAGGUCUGCCGGCGCUCUUUGUUUCCUGUCAGGGCUGGGGGGGGCGGGCGGGCGGCGUUCAGCAGCCGCGUUGGUGUUGGUCAGGAUCUAAUAGUUUAAUAGAUGAGGAAAGAGAGCAUCGGUAGGUGGGGGGGCCAGCACAUCCAAAGGUUACGGACACACAGAUGGCGUUUCCACAUCAACGCGGACUGCCGCCGAACACAAGGCAUUACCUGGGGGGGGGGGGCUAUGGGUUCGGGGCCUUUUUAACCUUUAUUCUAACAUAUGUAUAUCCGGACUGCACGUGUACAAAUAAAUCUAUCUCCUUUGUUA